CCGCCACAGGCCCCGCCGCUGCCUUGCGAGUCGGAGGAGGCGGUAGUGAAAAAGAAAAUAUCAAGAUGAGUAAAAAGCCUCCAAAUCGUCCUGGAAUCACAUUUGAGAUUGGUGCUCGUUUGGAGGCACUGGACUAUUUACAAAAAUGGUAUCCAUCUCGUAUUGAGAAGAUAGAUUAUGAAGAGGGGAAGAUGUUGGUCCAUUUUGAACGUUGGAGUCAUCGCUACGAUGAGUGGAUUUACUGGGACAGCAAUAGGUUGCGACCCUUGGAGCGACCAGCAUUAAGGAAAGAAGGGCUGAAAGAUGAUGAAGAAUUUGUUGAUUUUAAACCUGGAGAAGAAGUCCUAGCUCGUUGGACAGACUGUCGAUAUUACCCUGCAAAGAUUGAAGCAAUUAAUAAAGAGGGAACAUUCACAGUACAGUUCUAUGAUGGCGUUAUUCGAUGCCUUAAGAGGAUGCAUAUCAAAUCUAUGCCGGAGGAUGCAAAAGGGCAGGCGCGCGAGAGGGAGCAGAUAGCGCCGGAGCUGAGAUUAGUGACGGAAAUCGAACCAAAAGAAGAUUGGAUAGCUUUGGUCAAAGCUGCUGCUGCAGCAGCAGCCAAGAACAAAGCAGGAAGUAAACCUAGGACCAGCGCAAACAGCAAUAAAGAUAAAGAGGACAGAAAAUGGCUAAAAGUUCCUUCAAAAAAGGAAGAAACCUCAACCUCUACAAUCAUGCAGGAAGUCCAAAAAAAGGAAGAGGAGCCUACAUCUAGUGACACAUUUGUAGGAUUUCCUGUAGUGGAUGUUCCAAAGAUGGCCUUUGUGCAGGCAGAGAGCACGUUAUCACACAAGAGGAAAAGUAAUCUAGGCAACUCAUUUCAGGCAAAGAGAGCUCGUCUUAACAAGAUCACUGGUUUAUUGGCAUCCAAAGCUGUUGUUGCGGAUGGUGCUGAAAAAAGGGAAGGCAACAAAGAAACAGCUCCAGUCCUGGAGCAGGAGAUUUCACCUAAACCACAAAGUCAGAAAAAAAAUGAAGCUGAUAUUAGCAGUUCUGCCAACAUUCAGAAACCUGCACUGUUAUCCUCAACUUUGUCUUCAGGAAAGGCUCGCAGCAAGAAAUGCAAACAAGAAUCUGGAGAUUCUUCUGGGUGUAUAAAGCCCCCUAAAUCACCACUUUCCCCAGAAUUAAUACAAGUCGAGGAUUUGACGCUGGUCUCUCAGCUUCCUUCUUCUGUGAUAAAUAAAACUAGUCCAUCACAGCCAGUGAAUUCCCCUAGAUCCUACAAACAUAGCCAACGGAGAAGAAGAUCACAGCGUUUAGCCACUUGCUCCUUGCCUGAUGAUUCUGUAGAAAAAGUUUCUUCUCCCUCUUCAGUUACUGAUGGGAAAGUGUUCUCCAUCAGUGGUCAAAACCAACAGUCAUCAAAAUUGGAGGUACCUGAUGUUGCUCAUAUGUCACUUGAGAAGCGUGGACCAUGUCUCCCUCUUGAUUUAAGCCGUAGUUCGGAAGUUACAGCACCAAUAUCCACAGAAUCCGCUUUCCGUAAUGAAUAUCCCAGUAAAGACAAGGAAGAUAUUCAGAUGAUUACAUAUCUUUCUUCCAAAGCAGUAACUGAUGGAAGAGUAGCUACAACAGCGUCAGCACCCUCGUCCCAUGUACAUGCCUUGCAUCUGGAAAUGCCUUUAACCAAUAGUCUAAAGUUACCCAAAGGGAAUAGUAAAAAAAAGAGGUCUUCCACAUCAGUGAGCUCUGAAGGGACAGAGAUACAGUGCUCUGUGCCCAUAAAGGAGAAAUGUUUUGAGAGUCUGAAGGAGAAAAUAUUAAAGAACGUGAUUGAGAAGGACAAGCAUUCAGAAGUUGGUGCUGGGAGAAUGGAAAGAAAAGGAAAACAGGAAGAGAAAAGUUACUCAACAUAUGGUAAAAAGAAAGAAAAGGAAAAGGAGAAAAAAGAGAAAAAGGAGAAAGAUCAUAAAUCAAAACAGAAAAAGAAGAAGAAAAAAAAGAAGAAAUCUAAACAGCAUGAUUAUUCAGAUUAUGAAGAUAGUUCUGUUGAAUUCUUGGACAGGUGCUCCUCUCCAUUAACAAGAUCCUCGGGAAGUUCUCUAACUUUGCGCAGCAUGUUCUCAGAGAAGAAUACAUCAUACCAGUAUCCAAGAGCUAUCUUGUCUGUUGACCUUAGUGGAGAAAACCUUUCAGAUGUGGAGUUCUUGGAUGAUUCCUCUACAGAGAGUUUGUUACUUAGUGGUGAUGAAUACAAUCAGGACUUUGAUUCAACUAACUUUGAAGAGUCUCAGGAUGAAGAUGAUGCUCUCAAUGAAAUUGUUAGAUGCAUUUGUGAACUGGAUGAAGAAAAUGGCUUUAUGAUUCAGUGUGAAGAGUGCUUGUGUUGGCAGCACAGUGUGUGCAUGGGACUGUUAGAGGACAGCAUUCCAGAGCAGUACAUCUGUUAUAUCUGCAGAGAUCCACCAGGUCAGAGGUGGAGUGCCAAAUAUCUUUAUGAUAAAGACUGGCUAAACAAUGGACACAUGUGUGGAUUAUCAUUUUUGAAAGAAAACUACUCUCAUCUUAAUGCCAAAAAGAUUGUGUCAACACAUCAUCUACUGGCAGAUGUAUAUGGUGUAACUGAAAUAUUGCAUGGACUGCAGUUGAAGAUUGGGAUAUUAAAAAAUAAGCAUCACCCAGACCUUCAUCUCUGGGCUUAUUCAGGGAUGCGAAAAGAACAAGAACAAAUAACUGUUGGGGUAGAGAAAAAAUUAGUGACUUUGCCAGAUGCUGUUAAUCCAACUGAAAGGACGUGUCACAGUCAAAACCAUAAAGAGCCGCCCAGUAUACCCCAGAAGAUGGAAGAAACAUACAUCACAAGUGAGCACAGUUACCAAAAACCACAGAGUUUUGGUCAAGACUGCAAAGCAGUCACUGACCCUAUGAGCUCAGAUGAUGAAGAUACAAGUAGUUUUGAGGAAGAUCAGGAAUUUCAUACAGAGAAUAAAAACUGUUUACAAUAUUCUUUUAAAGAUGAUGGCAUGAAUGAGCAGAAGAAUUCUGCUGAAGGAAACACUGUGUUUGUUUGUAAUGAAAGAAAAGGCUCAGAAGAACAAGUGGACACACAUCUUCAAUGGCAGCUAAAUCUCCUUACCCAUAUAGAGAAUGUACAGAAUGAAGUCACCAGCAGAAUGGACCUGAUUGAAAAAGAAGUUGAUGUUUUAGAAAGCUGGCUUGAUUUCACUGGAGAACUGGAACCACCAGAUCCUCUGGCAAGAUUGCCUCAGCUCAAGCGACGUAUCAAACAGCUCUUAAUUGACAUGGGGAAAGUACAGCAAAUAGCAACGCUUUGCUCUGUAUGACAAAAGGAAGAAUAAAGAAAUAAAAAUAGGUUCUUUACAGUGAAUUUUCUUACUAGCCACAAGACUGACAGGAAGACAGCAAAAAGCUGAGCAUUUAUCUGGUUCUUUGCUGAUUGCAUUAGUAGCCUGAAGCUUUAGAGAGAGGAGAGGAAAUUUAGAGUAAGGAAUCUGUUAUAUUGGAAAUCUGAAUAUUCAGUGUCCAAGCUUCAAAAUGUAAUAUAUUACAUACAGAGAAAUGUUGAUAUGAUUUUAACAUGAUAAACAAGAAAAUCACUGCAUACAAGGAAGUUGAACAAACAAAAACUCUGCGAAGAACAAUGCUACUAUUUUGAAACCUUUGGCAAAAAAUUCUAAAUUCGCAGAAUUCAGCUGACUAAAAAUUCUUGGGAACUGCUUUUUUAAUGAAUUCCUCUUAUCUUGCUAGUGAAAGAUAGACACAGAGAGAUCUGUAUCCUCUCUACAAGGAAAGUUUUUUAGAUUAUUUCCUUCUCUCAUGAAUGUUCAGGAAAACGAACAUACUAGCUUUGAUUUUUGAAAGAAAUUACUUAUCAUGGUCUCCUUUUUAAAAUAUUUUUUUAAAUAGAAAUCCUUAUUACAGCACCCUUAGGCUCCUUUAAAACGUAAGUGGCAAAUAGUGGUCAGAUGUGCCAAAUAAUAUUAAAACCACUGGGAUGGGAGUUUGAUUAUGACUUACAUGAAGGUUUUUUCCAAAGUCCUACUUGGUGCCAGCAAUCCAUCCAAAAUUGUAUCUAGUUUAUUUUUUUUUUUUAUGUUCUAUUGCAGUAUUCAGGAUUCAAGGUACAAUUUUUGUCCUGGGUAGCUCUGUUCUGGUGUUGGCCCUCUGAAACUUUACCAUCCUCAGCUGGGAUGAGGAAUGACAGGAGCAGCAAAACUGUCUGUGGCUGUGAAUAUACUAAACCACUAGAAUAAAUAUCACGAGAUACAUUAUCCAAGAUGUUUUUAUAAGAUCUUUCAGCUUCAGUGAACGAAACAUUAUGAAACCAAAGGCAACCUACUUGCUCUGUUAGCUCUUGCUGGAUUUUGAGCCCAGGACUUUCCCUGUGCUUACACGUUGCCGCUGUACCCAGUGCUACAUACAUAUUUGUAUGUGUAUGUAUAUGUGUAUAGAUACACAUGUACAUAUAUACAUACUAUAUACGUUUAUAUCUACACAUGUCUAGUUUUAUUACAAUAGACUAUAAGAACUGGUGGUUAACAUGAAAUGUUACCUUUUAACAAGCAGUUUCUAAAAUUGAAAAUAAUGUAUGUACAGGUUUUGAAAUUUGUAAAAUAUGACUGUUAAAAGGAGGCUAUUUAACUGAUGACAUUAAGAUACUUGAACAUUUUAUGCCUCACGUCUGUUUAUCAGUUCUAGUUAUCUGUAUAAAUGCAUUUUAGAACCGAUAGACAGUAAACUUGAAUUUACCUUUUGAUAAGAGUACAAGCCACUGUACAUUCAAAAAUUAUUUAAAUUUGCAAACACACUGUUCUAUAUGUAAGGUACUGUAUGUAAAACUGUUUAUUAAAACUAUUCUGCAUACUCUACAUUUUCCACUUUUCUUCCUGAUCUACAUGCAAAUGUAAAAAAGAAGUGAUUGUUAUAAUGUACAGACCAUCAAAAAUCGAAAAAUCUUGGAAUGCCUUUUGAGGAAGCAUAAAAUUGAAAAAUGUGCCAAAGAUGGAUUAUCUGGGAAAGACUUUGCAACCAGUGCAUUGAACUUUCAUGAUAAAACCAUUAUUGAGAAAGAAAGCAGCAUGGCUGGUUCAUUGCUAAAAUAAACCUACCCUGACGUUUCCUGUCUGUCUGUCAUAUCUGAAGUGAGUUAUCACUCUUGACGUCCAAAGCAAAGUGCAAACCCCUGUUACAGAGUGGUUGCUAUUUAAAAAAUCUUGCCACAUCACGCUUGUAGGAGACAUUACGGAGCUGCAUGGUAACACGGAAGUUAAUUAUGGAAUCAUGAUUGGCAACUUCAUAAUGCAGAAGGAACACAAGAGCUGAGAAGUUGUUGACAUUUUUAUAGCAACUGUUAAUAAAUAAAUUACUCUGUCUUAUAUAGUUGGAUGCUUAAAUAACUGCUUCAAACAAUAUGAAUAGUUGAGUGACCUACUUGCUUUUGGAUAUGUGAGACUUUUUUAUAUAUUAUUCACUUGCUGCAUAUCCUUGAAUGUGGUACCGUGUGUACUGUAUAAGAGAAGUGUAAAUCCAGAUGAAUUACUUUGAAACAAAGUGGAGUGUAUUUACAUAAUUUAUACAGCAUACACUGUAGCAAUAUUAUGCAAUGUGUGUGCAUGCGUGUGAUGUAAUAUAAUUGUAAAUGUUACUGAAGGUGGAGGUGGACCGAGAGAUCAGGUGGGAGGACGGAGGUUUCAUUCUUAGUGCAGAGAUGGAGGAAUGGUAUCCUGAAAAGGAAGUCGUAAGGUCAAAGGUAAAGUUGCCCUUGCAGCUUUAACUUGUCUUCUGUUUGUAUAUGUAAUGGUCUCUAAAUUUACAUGAGUAUGUAAUUUUAUCCCUCAGGAUCCUGCGUUAUCCAGGAUGGACUGUGCUUACAAAAACAAUCUGUUCAGUGUUUUUUUAUCUUCAUUUCUUGUGUAGACACGUAUUAUAAAAAUUCCUGCAAAUAUUCAUAUCUUCUAAGAAAUACAAUCUCAGUGUCCUUAUGGACAGUGCUAUGAUACAUUGUGUAUUGCUUGAAUGCUUCACAAACUUCUCUUGAGUUUGCUUUCUCAAAUUGUGAUGUUAGUCUGUAACAUGUGAACGUUAGUUUUGGACCCAGUUUCUCAAGUAUUCAAAGGUUUGGGAUGCUUUUGAAGUUUUUUUCUUUAAACACUUACAAGUCAAGUGCCAUAAAAAUGCUAAGUGUUUUGCACAGAAUGUAACCUACAGUUGAUUGUUUUGCUCAUGUGCCAGUCAAACCCGACGUGAUCUGGUUCAUACCAGUAAUUCUUCUCGUUGGCCUUAUCGAGAGAAUCUUUUUUCCUGUAGGCAUCAUUUUCCAUCUGUCUUCCCGCUUCCUCUGUAAAUAAGCCAGGGAUCUACACGCAGUCUGUUUGCAACAUCAUUUAUCGGGGCGUGAAUUGCCAUUACUUGUGCUGUAUGAUGAAGGAGGCAGACCCUCUCUGAGGAAGAAAUAGUAUAUGGUGAUGUAAGGACUGGUUUUGAUACAUGUGCGCAGAAAGGUCAAAUUUUUAAAUUUGCUGCCUUCUUUUAACUUAAGUUCUUAAUAGUAAUAAACAAAAGGGAAAUGCCAUUGUACAGAAGCCUCUUGUGAUUUCACAGGGCUAAAUGGCAAACUUGUGGAGCCUUUAAAUGCCCAGCUUUUUGUCUGAGGGUUGGUUUUUUUCAUGGAGGUAUCGGUGAUUAAUUUCAAAGCCUUCUCCUUCCUGUGACCAUACCGUAGGCAUCUACAUGAGGAAUUCUGCGUUUUCAGUUGCAGUGAUGGCAGUAGGACAUCAGUAUUGCAGUCAUAAGUGAAACAUAGUCUUGGUGACAUGGUCAGAUACCAUGUGAUGGGGCUGCCGAUGUUUCAGUUACAAAAUGGAGGUACUUCAAGUCAUAUGGCAGGGAAUGGGUUGGAAGAUGCUUCCUGCCAACCCUUUUCUUGGGUAGCUGUAGGUUGAGUAGUGCCCAUAUUUUGGAUAUUCUGGCCUUAGAUGCAUAGAUCUUUGUUCAGCUGUGGAGUAAUUUACAGUGGCAGAAGCCUGUCGUCCUCUUUAAAAUAGUCGAAGAAGAUGGGUUGCAAUUUUCUGAUAGAUUUCAUGUAUUUGCUGGGUGGCAGAGAAUUGAAACUGUUCUUCCAUGGGUGCAGUCCUCUUGUAUGGCUGACAUCCACCCGUCUCUCUCAGUUUUGUCUCUGAGCUUCUACGUGUGCUCCUCGGCUGUUUGUUCUGCAGCUUGCAUCUCUUUCUCCUUUUGUUCUUCAGCUUUCUGCACUCUGGCUUCUUUGGUGCCUGGAGGGUUUCACUCCUCUGUUCUUGUGCCCAGUUUGUUCUGGCUGCUGUGGGAAGCAGUCGUAGGGAAAGGUCUCCUCUGCUCUUCGGUCCUCAGCCUCCAGUGUGUCCUACGAGCUGUCUAUGGCUGGAGUGUGUGUACCAUCAUCAAAAUCUUCAGGUGUUUUUGCUGCCUUCCUUUAGUGAGCCUCUUCUGAUCUUGUGGAAGUGGUGAUCUCCCUCUACUCCCAUCUGGCAUCUAAGUUAAACUAGACUUGAAUGAAUAUUACAGCAAAACCCCUCUGGCACUGUUGGGCUUCAGCACUCCUUACCAAACUGAAAGUUGGGACGUAAAGGAGUUGCUCAAACAUCACAGUAAAAUUGUAAAAGUAUUUUGAUGCUUGCAAACUAGAUUCCUUUGUAUUUGAAGGGAAACCGCAACUAUUUUUCUUCACUGAAACUUUAAAAUACACAAAACAGAUCCUGAACUGAACUGGAGCUUGAUGUAAAAAUCAACAACAAAGUAGGGAGUGGGAAGCACCCUGCAAACAGGGGCUUCGUAACAAGAAGUGUGCAAUCACGCCACCUUGACUGCCUUGCCCUGUUAGUGGUUAUAUGGAGGUGCUGGUGUGUACAGGGGGUGCAUGCAAUGAUGCCAUUCAUUUGCAAACGGGACCCGUCUUUGCCAUGUCGGUUUAGAACACUGGAACCGUAGGUUUUCUCUCUACUGCUUAGAAAUGUUACAGUACGUGCACCUUAAUUUUGGAGUGCUUAUUAAGGUCAGAGGCUUAAUCACUUUUGAAAUGCCCAUUGCUAUUCUCACAUUUUAUUAGCUGACACUUUUUUCUGUUGUACUGAAUCCAUAUGGCUUUAGGUGAUCAUUUUACAGACGGUGUUUGAAAUACUUCGGUAAUGGUUUUUAUGAUACUAUGUUAUGUCCUGGGCACUGGGUGUGGGGGUCUGUCUUUAGCAAUAAGUAUUAUACACUAUGUGUAUAUCUGUUUAUAUAUGGAAAACAAAUAUGGAGCAUGUAAUGAUGGUGAAAAUACACUGCACAGAGAGCAGAUUGUGCAUUUGGCAGCCAUUCUGCACCAGCCUGAACAACUCAAAUAAAAAAUUGGAGACCACAUGGAGAAAAUGAACUAGCGUGAAAAAUCAUUCAGGAGUGAAUUUCCCUUUCCAUACACACUGGGCCUGUGUGUAAGCGGUAGAUAAGCCAGCCGUAUUCUAUGGAUUGAGUAACUAAAGCUAGUUCAAUUGCUGUUUACUUCAAACAGCAGCCUUCCUUUCUUUAAAACUGGCCAGAGCCACCUCCGUUCAGCUGUAGCCACGUGCAUCAGUGUAUUGUCACUAAACACUCUGAGAGAGGCAGCAGUGCACUAUUAUUAAAUCUUCUAUGAGAGAAGCAAAAUACUUUCUUCUGUGAUUUGUUUUUUAUAAUGGCAAUAAUGUUGACUGCAUUCUAAUACUCACAAUAAAGGUCUGUUGAGAUUGUUAUGUGCCUGGGCUCCCGUUCAGUGGACUUUUGUGCUGGCG